CAAGUUUUUUUUCCUUUAAAAUGGCGGCGUCUACUCGAGUUCUCGCGUGCUCCCAAACGCGAACUCUCUUUUCGAACAGAAUACACCCAGUGUUCGCGGUGCCAGUCCGAACGUCCGUCUACCACAAGGGAUACCGAGAACCCAUUGUGGACAAGACGCAACUUCAAGAACUGGAGGCCGCCGGAGAAACGAAGGAGCUCAAGUUCGCCCCCAUCAAGGCGGCACUCAGCGAUGUCACGUCGUCCGUCUUCUACGACCCCGUCCUCCACAAAUUCAUCAACAUGCUGAUGCGCAAGGGACAGAAGGCGCUCGCCACCAGGAACGUGGAAAGCGCGCUGUUCAACGUCAAGAAGAUGCAGCUCACCAAGUACCAUCGGGAGCAAGACCCCGACGCGAAGGAGAGCAUCGAGUGUAACCCAGUGACCAUCCUGCACAAGGCACUCGAGAACUGUCGCCCGGUGGUAGAGCUCUCGCCUAUCAAGCGGGGCGGUAUCACUUACCAGGUCCCGAUUCCGAUGACUCCCAACCGCGCCCGCUUUCUGUCAAUGAAGUGGAUGCUUGACGCGGCCAAUGACAAAGACCAGAGGGUUCCCUUCGAAGAUCAGCUCGCCAAGGAAAUCAUGGACGCGUUCAACAACCAGGGCCGUGUGGUGAAGAAGAAGCACGAACUGCACAAGCAGUGCGAGGCCAACAAGGCUUACGCUCAUUACAGGUGGUCGUGAGAAAUGAGUGUUACCACUGAGCCAGGUCUUUAUGCUUUAACGUACUGCCGUAAAUUGUUAGCGAACGUUAGAUGAGCAGAACAUUGAGGAUGGCGCCUGAACACCCUUUUGAGUAGUAUGUCUUCAUACUUACGAGAUCUUGUAAAGUGAUGGCUAACAAAGCAAUGCUGAGAGUGCCCAUUCCUUGGC